AUGGUUGCAGAAACACAUCAAUUAGACAUCAUAAUUGUGGGCGCCGGUUUGGCAGGACUCGCUGCAUCGAUAUCAUGUGCACUCGCCAACCACAAAGUCAUUGUGUUCGAAGCGGCGAAAGAGCUAGCGGAAAUCGGGGCAGGCCUGCAAAUAACGCCAAACGCGUCAAGACUGUUUCGAGAAUGGGGUUUGGAAUCCGCGACCCAGGCUGUGGCUGCAGAGCCUACGGUGUUGGCUGUUCACAGAUAUAGUGAUGGGAAAAUACUGGCGGAAGAACCAGACUUCAACAAGAAGAUUCGACAAAAAUAUGGCGCUCCUUUCAUCGACAUGCAUCGUGUCGAUUUGCAGAAAAUAUUGUACAGCAGAGCAGUAUCAUUGGGUGUGAAGGUGGAGCUCAACACCAAGAUUUCCAGGGUAGACAGCACACCGUCGGGAGCAGAAGUUGUCUUUGACUCUGGUCGAAGACACAGAGGGGAUCUAGUGGUUGGAGCCGAUGGUCUCUGGUCGAAGUGCCGGGAAAGUAUGCUGGGUGAGACAGACCAGCCGUUGCCAACUGGGGAUUUGGCGUACAGGAUCGUCCUAGAGCUCAACGAGAUAAGUGACCCAGAGUUGAGGCAGUGGAUCGCGAAUCCACAGGUACAUUUCUGGAUUGGACCACACUCUCACGCAGUUGCCUAUUCAAUUCGCUCGGGAACAAUGUACAAUAUCGUCCUCCUCUGCCCAGAUGACCUGCCUGACGGACUGGCAAGGUCGAAGGGGUCCGUCGAAGAAAUGAGAAAGCUGUUUUCAGGAUGGGAUCCUAUACUCACACGGUUUCUCGACCAGGUCGAUCAGGUGGACAAAUGGAAAUUGAUGCACCGCGAAGAAGUGGAAUCUUGGACGAACCCUGCGAAGAACUUCGUACUUAUUGGCGAUUCUUGUCAUCCAAUGCUCCCAUACCUUGCUCAAGGCGCAAAUUCGAGUUUGGAAGACGGAGCUGUUCUUGGCCGAUUGUUGUCGUACGUCACAUCGAGGGAGCAAAUAUCUUGGGCAGUAACACUGUAUGAAAGUCUGCGGAAGUCGCGCAGUGAGCAGAUCGUUCGAGAGACAUUCAACCAGAGGGAUGCUUUCCACAUGCCCGACGGCGAGGCACAAGAGCAGAGGGAUUUGCUAUUUGCCUCGCAACUUGGCAAAGAAAUAUCUUGCAAAUUUCCAAGUCGAUGGACUUGUCCGGAAAUCCAGCCUUUUCUGUAUGGGUAUGAUGCCUACGAACAAGCGGACGAGGCUGCGAAUUCACGCCCUUUUACCCAUUUCAGCGCGGACGAGGGGCUGUGA